UCUGCUGGUUCUCCGCAAGUUUGGAGCGUACCCAGGACAUUGAUUACUUUUUUUUUAUGGCAGGACAUUGAUAACUAGUGGAGUGGGAUCGGUACGGUUGUCACAACGUUAUAUACAGUUGGUUGCAUCGUUUUCUUCCCCAAGAAAUCAAGCCUUACGAGUUAGACAUUCUGCAUCCAUGGAGCUAAGCACAAUCUCCCUCCUCUUCCUAAUCCUACCUAUCAUCUCCCUGGUCCUUGCAUCAUCACAUAGAGGCCGCCGUGAAUCCAGAGCGGAAACCAACAGGAAAAGACGCCCCCCUGGCCCAUGGGGCCUCCCCUUCAUCGGAAGCAUCCACCACCUGCUCACCUCGCAGCCGCAGGCAGCCCUCCGCGAGCUGGCGGAGAAGCACGGCCCGGUGAUGUACCUGCGGCUGGGGCAGGUCGACACCGUCGUGGUCUCCUCUCCGGAGGCGGCGCAGGAGGUGCUUCGGGCCAACGACAUCAGCUUCGCGUCCCGGCCAAGCCUGCUCGCCACCGACAUCAUCUGCUACGGCAGCCUCGACCUGGCCUUCGUGCCCUACGGAGACUACUGGAGAGUGCUGCGCAAGCUCUGCACGCUCGAGCUCCUCAGCGCGCGCAAGGUGAAGCAGUUCGCGGGCAUCAGGCACAGGGAGACCAUGUCCCUCGUCGCGGAGGUCCAGGCCGCCGCCGGCGGCGGCGAGCCGGUGAACCUCGGCGGCUUGCUGGUCUCUUGUACCAACUCCAUCACCGGGCUGGCGACGUUUGGUCACAGCUGCAGCGGCGAGAGGAGGAAGCGGUUCCUAUCAGCGAUGAACGUGGUGCUCAAGUACUCCUCGGGAUUCUGCGUCUCGGACCUCUUUCCGUCGAUGUGGUUCAUGGACGUCGUCACCGGGAUGAGACACCGGCUGCGGAGGGCGCACCGUCAGCUCGACCAAGUAUUCGACGAGAUCAUCGCAGAGUGCGAGGCACGACGGAGGAAUGCCCAGGGAGAAGACCGUGAGGGAGAGCACGACCUCCUCAGUGUCUUGCUGAGGAUCCGAGAUGAAGGGGAGUUGGAGCUGCCCAUCAAAACCAUAAACAUCAAGGCGAUCAUAGUGGAUAUGUUCAUAGCAGGGACGGAGACCACCUCAUCAGCUGCUGAGUGGGUCAUGUCCGAGCUCAUCAAGAACCCGGAGACGAUGGCAAAGGCGCAAACAGAGGUGCGGCAGGCAUUCGACAACAAGAACCCGUUGGACCAUGAGUCCAACGUUCACCAUCUGCACUACUUGAGCAUGGUCAUCAAGGAGACGAUGAGGCUGCACCCACCCCUCCCGCUCCUACUCCCUCGCCUCUGCCGGGAGACCUGCGAUGUCGGUGGGUUUGAGGUUGCCAGAGGCAGCAGGGUGAUCGUCAACGCAUGGGCGUUGGCUAGAAGCCCGGAGUAUUGGAGCGACGACUCUGAAGAGUUCAGUCCUGAAAGGUUCGAAGGAAGUGUGUUGGACUAUAAAGGUACGCAGUUUGAGUACCUGCCGUUCGGUAGUGGGAGGAGGAUGUGUCCUGGCUCCGGUUUUGGGUUGGCCACCAUGGAACUGAUCUUGGCACGCCUCCUAUACUAUUUCGACUGGAGCCUUCCGGCUGGAAUGCAGCCGCUAGAGCUUGACAUGGACAUGACAGUUGGAGCAACAGCAAGAAGAAGCAACCAAUUACACCUUAUGGCAUCACCUUAUUGCAAGGUUACAGCGAAGAGUUCAAAUAUCUUGUGAUCCAAUAGUUGAAUCAAUGCCAUCAUGCCAAGGUUGCAGGCUUGCAGCAAAGAGUUCAAUACUGUGAUCCAAUUGAACUACAUUAUAUUUUA